UAAGGGGCAGCAGACAGUGAUGUCCAGCACAAGCUGUACACCGCCUGUACCUCACCACCACCACCGCCGUUGUCAUGAAGUCUCUGGUGAUCUUGUGUGCCCUGGCCGCUUGCGGCGCCUCCCAACUGCUGGCUCCUGGACCAGUGGCAGUCCGCGCCCCUUCCUACGACUCCGCCAUCAUCCAGAGUCAUCGUCUGGGUGGUAACUUCGCUUACUCCACCAACGAGGCUCACGCCUACGCUGUGCAGACACCUGUUAUCGGACUUCGCUCAGUUCCUGUCGGUGUUAGCUACGAACCAGGCACCCCCAUAGUCAAGACUGCCACACAGUACAUCAUCCAGCAGAUCCCCCAGUACGCCUACGCCUACCCCCAUCUCCAUGCCGCUCCCCAGGUCGCCUUCCCUUACCCUUACACUUUCGGAACCGCUGUUAUUGCCGCUGAAGCAGCAAACAAACCCGGCACACAGGAACAACUCACCGAUGCCGAACCCGCCACAGCCGAACUCACCGUUAUCGAACCCUCCGCAGCCGAACUCGCCGAUACCGAACCCGUCACAGCCGAACUCACCGAUACCGAACCCGCCACAGCCGAACUCACCAAUGCCGAACCCUCCACAGCCGAACUAAUCAAUGCCGAACCCGCUACGGCUGAGCUCACCUUUGUCGAACCCGCCACAGCCGAACUCGCCGAUCCCGAGCCCGCCGCCGUAAACGAACGCAUAGUGGACACCCUGUAAAAUGCCUCCUUCGUUCGUGCGCUUCACUCUUGCAUCAAGACGCACUUGUCUUUCCCCUCUACUACCUACCAUUAGUUCGAGUUAUAAAUGUAUCAUGGUGUGGGUUCGCCUUGGCGUACGCGUGUCUUGUCGUGAUCACGUACUCUCUUGGACAUGCCUCGUUGUGUUCCGCAGUGACAGAGCCCAUCAGGGUUGGUCGCCGCGUCAGGUAUAGCUCCGGUGUACAAACUUGUGCCUCAUUUUUUUCAUAAUAAAAAUAAUUGUGUGCUACCGUAUUAUCAAUUAUUCCUUCGUCCCAUAAAACGAUGAUUUCUCUUGAAAUGUUGUCAUAGAAGAUAAUGACUGGGAAAGAGCAGACGGAACGUUUUAAUCACUCUGUUAUCAGUCGGGUAUACUUGUAACAGCGAGUGAAACGUUGGCAUAA